UCGACGCCGCACACGAAUACCAAAAUGCAAGCCUCACUUUCCGCCUCCUUCACGCGCACCGCGCCUCUCCGCGUGCGCACCGCCGCCAAGCCCCGCGACCGCGUCGCCAUGCGCGCCGUCGCCUACGACAAGAAGUCCAAAGGAAAGCCCUCGCUCGUCGGCGUCAUUAAGGUCCCCAAGCACUUCGAGCACGAGAUGGAUGCGCUCGUCGUGAGCCACGAGGCGCACAUGCACGACACGCACGUGGUCUAUAACGGUCAGGAGGCCGAAGAGGGACGCCCCAGGUUCCUCGAGUACUACGUCACGAAGAUCAACGAGGUGGAAGAUCCCCUCGACACCAAGGUGUCCACUCCCACCGGCCACCUCCUCUACGCGUGGAACGAGAAGUACGUCUCCGCCGCGGACGUCGAUGAGCACAUGAAGAUCGGCGACGCGAAGUGGGACCAGUUCCCCAAGCUCCUCAAGCUCGUCAAGACCAACGGCCACUUCAUGAUCGCCGGCCACGGGAAGAUUGUCGCCAACUACAACGACUGCUCCGAGCCGUGCACCGCGAGGAAGGGCGACACGACCGUCUCUCUCGGCCUCGUCGUGCCCGGCAGGCUCGAGCGGGACGUCGACGCCGCUUGGAGGCAGCACGAGAGGUGGAUGCGCAAGACGCACGACUUCGGCGAGGGCGUCCACGGCAAGUACGACGACCUGACCCGCCCCAGGAUCACCCAGUACACCGUCACCAAGGCGUACGAGCACGUCGACCCGAUGGACCCGCUCUCCGCCAAGACCGGCAACGUCAUGUACGCGGUUGAGGAGAGCUACGUGUCCCACGACGGCGUGAAGGGCCACAUGGAGAUUGCGCCCCCCGAGCUCGACAUCAUGAAGUACCUCACCAACAAGUCUUACGUCCGUUACAUGGACGUCGGGCAGGGUCACGUCAUCGCCGCCAUGCCCCGCAAGCUCACGUCCAACAUCGUGUCCGGCCUGGGGAAAUUCUUCCAGCAGAUCUUCAACCCCGGCAAGGUUGCGGCGUACGCCGGCGGCGAGUGCGACCCCGACGAUUGCGAGGAGGCGUUUUAAAGACGGAGACGAGACGAGCGUUUCGACGCGACGCCGCGCAGCGAGAGUCGACAACGGUGUCGACAGGAGGGAGAGAUUUCUUUUUCAUUAUUACCCUGUCUUGCAUGAAGACCCCCGAAUGAGAGUGCCCCUUUGAGAGUGUGUAAUCUAAACCGAGGUGUAAACGUU